AGAUGGGGGAGGUGGAAGGGGGGGUGUCCAAGGCCCCGCCCCACCUGUGGCAUGCUGGCCCUUUAAGGCGCCACCCCCUUCAAGCUGUGACAGGCCGUUAAAACGCUGGAGCUGCAGCCUCCGGAUUCAUUGUGACACCAGAGCAUCUGGAGCCGCCGCCAUGAGCCGGAAAGUCGUGCGCAGCAGCAAGUUCCGCCAUGUCUUCGGGCAGCCGGCGAAGGCCGACCAGUGCUACGACGACGUGCGGAUCUCGCAGACCACCUGGGACAGCAGCUUCUGCUCCGUGAACCCCAAAUUCCUGGCCAUGAUCGUGGAGGCCAGUGGGGGAGGGGCCUUCAUGGUGCUGCCGCUGGCCAAGACCGGGCGCCUGGACAAGUCGCAGCCCCUGGUGUGCGGGCACACGGCCCCGGUGCUGGACAUCGAGUGGUGCCCGCACAACGACAACGUCAUCGCCAGCGGCUCUGAGGACUGCACCGUCAUGGUGUGGGAGAUACCGGACGGGGGGCUCGUGCGACCCCUGACGGAGCCGCUGGUCACGCUGGAGGGGCACUCGAAGCGCGUCGGCAUCGUGGCCUGGCACCCCACGGCCCAGAACGUGCUGCUGAGCGCAGGCUGUGACAACGCCGUGCUGCUGUGGGACGUGGGCUCGGGCCGGGCGCUGGUCGAGCUGCGGGACCUGCACCCCGACGUCAUCCACAGCGUGGCCUGGAGCCGCGACGGCUCCCGCCUCUGCACCACCUGCCGGGACCGCCGGGUCCGCGUGAUCGAGCCCCGCUCCGGCCGCCUGCUCGCCGAAAAGGCCAGCCCCCACGAGGGCUCCCGGCCGGUCCGCGCUGUCCUGCUGGCCGACGGCAAGAUCCUCACCACGGGCUUCAGCCGCAUGAGCGAGCGCCAGGUGGCGCUGUGGGACCCGGCGCACCUGGAGGAGCCCAUGAACCUGCAGGAGCUGGACACGAGCAGCGGGGUGCUGGUCCCCCACUACGACCCCGACACCAGCAUGGUCUACCUCUGCGGCAAGGGCGACAGCUCCAUCCGCUACUUCGAGGUGACGCCCGAGGCCCCCUACCUGCACUUCCUCUCCAUCUUCAGCUCCAAGGAGUCCCAGCGCGGGGGCGGCUGGAUGCCCAAGCGGGGCCUGGACGUCAGCAAGUGUGAGAUCGCCAGAUUCUACAAACUCCACGAGCGCAGAUGUGAGCCCAUUGCCAUGACGGUGCCCCGCAAGUCAGAUCUGUUCCAGGAGGACCUGUACCCCGACACGGUCGGGCCCGACCCCGCGCUGACGGCAGAAGAAUGGUUCGGGGGCAAGGAUGCCGGCCCCCUGCUCAUCUCCCUGAAGGAUGGAUACGUUCCACCCAAGAGCCGCGAGUUCAAAGUCAACAAGAGCAUCCUGGAGCCGCGCCGGAGCCAGCCUUGCCCCGAUGGGGCCAGCCCUGGGGCGCUGGAGAAGUUGACCGAGGACGUGCGGCAGCUGCAGGAGAGGGUGGCAGAGCAGGAGCGACGCAUCGCGGUGCUGGAGACGCAGGCUGCCAAAUAGCCGGGGGGAGCCUCUGUCCCCCCACAACCUUCUGUCAAACUCAGGGCUGCCCCAUGGCACUGGAACUCCCCCGCCCCCCGCAAGCUUUGACAGCUGGAGCCUCCUUCUGCCCCCCUGGCUGCCAGCAAGCGGCGCUUCCCGUCGCCCCAGCAUCU